UGCGCAUGCGCACCGGAAAAAUAACCCGCCGCGGGUUGACCAACAGCUCGUUUUCUGACGGAGCACCACCAGUCAUGAAGUGCGUUCUUUACGUUGUGUUGCAGGCGUGUGCUCUCGCUCUUCUCUGCAACACUUUGCCGGACCAAGAAGGCAAUGGCUGUACGAGUGGGUUUAUGAGUGUGGACAGAAUGGACCACUUGCUGGGCAAUAAAGGCGGUGUGAUCCCUAGUGAGAACUAUCAGGGAAUAUUUCCAGAAGUCGGCUUCACGUGCAGUGGCAGUAUUGAGGGCUGGGUGUUUGGAGCCCGGUGGGUAGGAGGGAAUGACAGAGAGUUUACAGAACUACAGAUAUGGAGACCUACUAGAGAUGGAGCCUACACUAAAGUUGGAAACACUACAAUCAAUACUGACAGGAUCAGCUCGGGGUUCUACGAGUAUCCUCUCUCCUCUCCACUGGACUUCCAAGCUGGCGACGUGUUAGGGUAUUACCAACCCCAUUCUGACCAGAGUCAGUUGAGAUUGCAAUUUGAAGAUGGUGGACGAAGGAAAAAUCAAACUGGCUAUUACUACAUUGGUUCGAGCUCAGCCAGUGAUCUCUACCUACCUUGGGGAGCCAUGUCUACCAGAUAUCAAAUACUUGUUAAUGUGAUCACAAAUUCUACAGAUUGUGUGAGAGGUUUUGUGAGUGUGGAGAGAAUAAGGCUACUUCUGGGUGUGGAUCCCACCUAUGGCAUCGAAUACAACAGUCAACGUCAGCAGAUCUCACCAGAGAUAAAGAUCACGUGUAAUGGGUUAAUUACCAAAUGGAUUAUUGGAGCUGAUUGGACUUCUAGUGUUAGUUCAUACCUCUAUCCUGAGCUUCAAGUCUGGAGGAAUGUUGGAAAUGAGACAUAUCGGAAAAUGAGUGGAACUCAUGUGUUUUUUCCUUUUAGUGCGAGAGCUAAUAGAAUUUAUGAGUACACCAAAUUUGCACCCAUACCAGUUGAAUCUGGGGAUAUUCUGGGAAUAUUUACACCCUCCCCUUCCAGACUUCGUCUCCGGUUUGAGAACGACAACAGUAACAAUCCCAAAGUCUACUACCGUUCUACUGACAAUUCUGCCACAUCAUCUCCUUAUGAGGAGCUAGACAGACAGAAUAAUGAUCCUUCGCUGGCAACAGCAUCCUAUUACCCCCUUGUGUCCUUGGAGAUUGAGAGAUAUCCGCCCUCAUCAGUCUUGAUUCUUCCCAGCUCCUCGCUGAUCUCCACAGCUACCAGCCCUCUCCCCACCUCCAGAGCUCCUGUACCUUCCACUGACCAGCCCUCCUCUGGCCAGUCUUCAGCUGCCAUUGCUGCUGGUGUGGGUGGUGGAGUAGCUGUGGCUCUGGUUCUACUGAUGGUAGCCCUCCUCCUGGUCAUUCUGGUGGUGUUUGUCAAGAGAAGGAGACAGGACUCCAAACCACUGGAAAAUGUGGAACAUAAGGGUGGAUUUAGCCCUCUGGGCAAUCCAGUUUACACAGGUAUUUCAGGUUCAGGACGUGCUAGUGCAGCAACAGAUCACACACUAGGCGAGCUCUACGAGACUCCUCAGACCCAGGAUGAGGGAGAGGCUUUGUAUGAUGCACCUUCACCUGAGAAUGGCGGGGCCACUAAUGCUAAAGAAGCCAGUACUACUUUUGCCAAGUUCGAUAACCCGCUCUACGAGGAUAACUGAACGUUUUUAUAGCUUUAUUUUCUUUCCUCUUUUUGCCCUAAUUUUACUAGUUUUUUGUGAAAACUGCCACUGUUUGUAAUGUUCAUGGUAUUAUAGCGUG